AUGCCAAUUUUUUGUAAUGGUGGCUCCGGUAGUAGUGCCGGAAGAAGAAAUGCUCCUUUUUGUAAAAGUUGUAAGAAAAAUGUCAUAUUGGUCCUUGUAGGUCAAUGGAGAAAAGCAUGCUACAACUGUGGGAAACCGAGCCAUAUGAGUCGGGAUUGUAAGGCAAGGCCCCUUAAACCCGUCAUUUGUUUUAAGUGCUUUGAAGAAGGUCAUAGGAAAAGUUCAUGUCCUAAAUUGACCGAGGAAGAGAGACAAGAGGAGAGGAGGAGAGAAGCAGAAAGAAGGAAUGCUCAGACUCAUGGAAACCAACGGGGAAGAUCCUUUCAACUUACUGUGGAGCAAGCUAAGAAUGCGGAUGAUGUUGUCACAGGUAAAUUUCUUGUAUAUAAUGUGCCUGUGAGAAUUCUUUUUGAUUUGGGGGCGAAUAGAUCUUUUGUUGCAACUAGGAUGAUUCAUGUUAUCCCGAUGUCUAAGUCGAGUUUAGAUAGUACAUUACAAGUGGAAGUCGGAAAUGGUAGGACAGAGAUAGUAAAAGAUGUGUAUAAAAAUUGUGAAAUCAAGAUCACUAUGGAACUCUUUCAAGCCAACUUAAUUCCUGUUCUAAUGGGAGAAUUUGAUAUAAUCUUGGGUAUGGAUUGGUUAAGCUCUUGUAAUGCCAAAAUCGCGUGUGACGAAAAAGCAAUCUAUUUGAAGACUUCUAAGGGUGAAGACUCGGUAGUAUACGGUGAUAGAAAUGAGCGUCCUAUAUCCAUUUGUACUGUUGCUCAUGCCCAACGUUACUUGUCUCAUGGAUGUCACGCUUAUCUUGCUCACAUCGUUGAUGUUGAGAAGAAACCUUUAUCCAUUGAGGACAUUCCAAUCGUUUGUGAAUUUGCCGAUGUCUUUCCCGAAGAUUUAUCGGGUAUUCCUCUCGAACGGCAAGUUGAGUUUUCUAUUGAUCUUAUUCCGGGGGCUCUCCUUGGGGUGCACCUGUUCUCUUUGUUAAAAAGAAAGAUGGAAGUAUGCACAUGUGUAUCGAUUAUCGGGAACUUAACAAAGUAA